GAUGACGACAACAAACCAUCAGCUGGUUUGAGUACUCAGCCUAUAAAUUCCAAGAUGUCUCCAGGAUGAUUUCCAAAUAUCAGAACCUAAGACCAAAUGGUUCUAACCAAUUCAGGUUUGUUAUCAGUUGCAGACCUUACCUAUGAGCGUGACAUUGGUUUGUGGCAAGAGAUGCGUGAUUACUGGUGCAGGAAUGGAAGUGGUGACUGCCUCAGUGAAACUGCAACUGGAAGCAUUGUUAACGCCAUUCAUAUAGAUGGAAAACAAAAGAAAUAUUUUUGCAAGUCCAAGUUUAACUGUUCCCUGCCUAAUGGUGAGAAGAAAAACUGUUAUUCUGUUAUUCCCCAUGUACAGGCAAAGCAUUUUGCUUACAAUGGAAGCUGUUUUCACCAGAAGAUAGUGCUUUCUCCAGGAGUGGCUUCUGCGACUGGAAAAUGCCACACAGCGAAUGGUGGCUCAUGAGAACAGUAAAGGCCACAGGAUGGUACCAUGACAUUGUACUGAAGAGCAAAAGCAUCUGGCCGUGUGAAUUAACUGUUGAUAGAGCAGUGCCAAACCGAACAUGUUUAUGGUAAAGCUGUAUUGGAAAGAGUAGUUGCUAUAAUGAAAUAUGAGUGGUAAAUACUCGGGAUUACAAGCAAGAAUUCGGGAAAAGAAACCUCUUGCCGACUAUAUUCCUUUCUUUGCCUCAACCUGGUCGGAAAUUCUGCUGUGGACAACAUUUCUGCUGCUUCAAAGUUCUUUGAAUUGGUAGGGAACGUCUACUGCUUUUUCAGUACAUUAACUAAACGAUGGGAACUUUUAGUCAAUCUCCUUGGUGGCCUGCCUGUUGUCAAACACCUGAGUGACACUAGUUGGGGUGCCCACUCGGAUGCUCCAAUGGCGCUCAAUUGUGGAUAUGAAAAAAAGGUUUGUUUUACAGCGAUUUACAGAAAACCUGGAGGAAACAGCUAAAGCACGACAAGAGGCAUCUUACUGGUGAUCUGGUCUAUCAUAGAAAGGUUUCAUCAGACAAGCAUAAAGAUGCAGAGCACAAAUUAUGUCGCCAGUUUAAGAGAUGCUUUUGGAGACUUUGGGGAGAAAGGGAAAAUCAAAAUUGGUCUUGAAAAUGAGCCAGUGUACAAAGAAGAUACCCAGAGAAAGAAACAAAGAAGUGUGAAGCUCAGUCAAAAUGAUGGCAAUUCUAAAGAUACUGCUUUUUCAGGGUGGGAGAAUUUUAUGGUCACAGUGUUUCUUCCCAUGAUCGGUCACUUGUUAACAGCACUUCAAAAGUGGCUGGAGGCAUAUGAUGUGAUCUCUGGUAAAUUUGGCUUCCUUUCAAAAAUGCCCUCGGUUAACUGUGACCAACUGAGGGAUGCGGCAGAGAGGCUGGUGAUAACUCCCAGAAGACCUCAAUACCAGCUUCCCUGGGGAAAUUGUUAAUUUCCAAGAGUGCAUAAAUGAACCUGAAUCUGAUGUGUGGCUAAGUCGAAAAGGUGAAAAUAAAUGGACUUUUUACAUUGAGAAUGUAAUGUUUCAAACCAUUGUUAACAAUGAAAUACAGGAUACUUUUCCGAACGUGUACAAUUGUUUACACAUUUCCUUGUCACUUCUCGCCUCAACCUGUUCUGAAGAGAUGUCUUUUUCUGCUCUGAAACGAAUUAAGAAUUACCUGCGAUCCACUCUGAAAGAUGAAAAGCUCAAUCAUUUGGCACUGAUGCAUGUAGAAUCGUCUGUUCUCCGGAAAUUAACUCUUAACAAUGUUCUGGAUCAGUUUGUUGAAAGAUUAACAAGAAAAAUGUUUCAGUAACUAGAUCCAUAUGUAGGCCUAUAUAUGUUGAACUUUACAGACUGUAUAGGUAUUUUGGUUUUGGUGUUGUUUUGCAUCAUACUAAAUUACUGAUUAAAAUUUGUCUGAUAAGA